AUUGUCCUGGACAACAAAUUUGCAUAAAACUUGGGAAGCUAUUACUAAGCGUUAGUCGCAGCACCAGGUAAUUUCCUCCCAGGCCUCCAUGGGCUUUCGAGUAUAAAGGCCCCCGGAGCUGGUCCCUGACAGAACCCAGAACCUACAGCCCCACCCAGACCCUUGGCUGAGCCUUCUGCCCAGAGCCCCAUGAAGCUGAUGGGUGAGUGUCUGGGUCCUGGGAGGGGAGAGCUGUGGCAGCGGGCAGGGGUGCCUGGGCUUCCAGAAAGGUCUGCACUUCUCCUGAGCCCCUGUCUGCUCCCAGCCCUGCAGCUGCUCCUCUGGCACAGCGCGCUCUGGACGGUGCAAGAAGCCACCCCCCUUGGCCCUGCCCGUUCCCUGCCCCAGAGCUUCCUGCUCAAGUGCUUAGAGCAAGUGAGGAAAAUCCAGGCUGAUGGCGCCGAGCUGCAGGAGAGGCUGUGUGCCACCCACAAGCUGUGCCACCCGGAGGAGCUGGUACUGCUCGGGCACUCUCUGGGCAUCCCCCAGGCUCCCCUAAGCAGCUGCUCCAGCCAGUCCCUGCAGCUGACAAGCUGCCUAGACCAACUGCACGGCGGCCUCUUUCUCUACCAGGGCCUCCUGCAGGCCCUGGCGGGCAUCUCCCCAGAGUUGGCUCCCACCUUGGACACACUGCAGCUGGACGUCACCGACUUUGCCACCAACAUCUGGCUGCAGAUGGAGGACCUGGGGGUGGCCCCCGCUGUGCAGCCCACCCAGGGCACCAUGCCGACCUUCACAUCGGCCUUCCAGCGCCGAGCAGGAGGAGUCCUGGUUGCUUCCCAGCUGCAGCGUUUCCUGGGGCUGGCAUACCGUGGCCUGCGCUACCUUGCCGAGCCCUGAGCACAGCUCUUCCCCUCUUGUGUAUUUAUCUCUGUAUUUAAUAUUUAUGCUUAUUUAAACCUAAUAUUUAAAGACAGGGAAGCACAGAAAGGAGCCCCAGGCUCCUGGGUCCUUCCUUCCACCUCCAUGUGGGGAAAACUCCCCGUCUUGUGUACUGGGACUGGGAGGGAGUUGGUAAAUACCAAGUAUUACUUCUUGUAGCUGCUCCAGGUCUGGCUCCGCGGUGGGUUCUGGGGAAAGCUGCAGUGAACCCCUACCCUGAGGGUGCCCUCCUCGGGGCCCUUGGAAGCAUCGGGAAGUCUCCCAGGUGGGAGACGAGACAGCCCUGUUUAAUAUUUAAACAGCAGUGUUCCCCGACUGGGUCCUUGCCCCCUGGCUCCAGCCCUGCAUUCGGGCAUGAAGCCCAGCAGAGGCAGCUGGAGUGGGAUGCUUGACCCUGGGGUCCCAUGAAUUUGCUGGGGAAACUUCUUCUUUUUAAGACUUUUUUCAGGCACAUUUUGACUCCUCGUGUGGGGAGCCCAGGCAUCAGUGAUGCCUCUUGUUUUUCUGGAUGCGCUAUAGACGCCAUGAGGCUCAUGACCUUGCUCCAACCCACCGGGGUUGGGGUCAGGAUUCUGACUCUCUUUCGGGCUAGGCAGAUGGUCGUGUGUCUCUGCCUUGCUGGGUGAGACUGGGAACAUGGAAAGGAAAGAUGAGGGGGCUUGUGUGACGAGGUGAGAGAGAAACACUCAACUGUUCACUUUCCACCCCGGCCUCCACUUUCUCCCUGUAGCCAAACUUCACGAUAAUAAAGUGUUUGUCUCCAGUAAAUGGCCUUCCUCCUUCUUGAGUCCAGCUGGUGCCUGGCCAGGGGUUGCGGGUGGGGAGUUGAAUGGCGGGCGAGGCCCGAGGGAGGGAAGAGGAGGUACGGUCAUUCCUUGGCACCCACUUGGUAUGGACGCCAGGCCAGGUGCUGGGUGCGGAGUUAAUGAGGCAGGCAUGGUCCCUGCCCUCGAGGAGCCACGGCCUAGUGGCUGGACAGGAAGCAGAUGGGUCAGCAGUACCGGGAGAGGAGAGAGUGGGCUGGCGGUGCUCAACAGUCCAGAC